AUGGAAGCAUUAGAAACAAUCUACAUUAAUAUUGUAACUCAACAUUUAGCAGAAGGAUUUUCACAACAAGUAAUGCGUUAUGCUAGCAGUAUUGUUAAAGAUGCAAUCGAAUUACAUCGACGAAUAACAGCAACAUUCUUACCAACGGCUAUUAAAUUUCAUUAUAUAUUCAAUUUAAGAGAUUUAUCAAAUAUAUUUCAAGUAAGUUAGAAUAGAAUUUCUCUCACA